AUGGCCGAACCACACUCUUGCGAGUCCGACUACGACGACUCCGCCGACGAAGCCAUCACCAUCACACUCACCCAUCGCAACACACCACACACGAUCAAAUUCCCCUCGGAUGGAACAAUCACCCACCUGUCCGAAGAUGUCGAAGACACCCUCUCGAUUCCCGCCUCGAAUCAAAAGUUCAUCGUCCCGAAACUCGGCCUCCUGAAACCCCCCUUCAAAGAUCCCGACAUGUCCCUCGUCGGCCUCCAGAACAAAAAGAUCAUGCUCAUGGGCGUCGAGGCAAAAGAGGUCGCCUCCCUCCAGGCCGCGUCCGAGUUCGCCGCGAAACGAAACGCUGCCCGCAGCGCCGCCCGCAGACAGAACCGGCCCUCGAGGAGGCGAGACCAGGGGCGCGCGCAGGCGGACAGCACCUACACUUUCCUCUCCGUCCGGCCGUUGGUAGGCCUCCCGCGACCAGAGAGAUCUCUGGCGCUUCUCGAGAAGCUGAAGGAGGACCCGGGCAUCCGCGCCUCCAUGCGCAAGCACAAGUUCAGCGUCGGCCUCUUAACGGAGAUGGAGCCCCUAUCCAAUACGCAGUCCAACCAUGAGGGGACGACUCGACUCCUCGGCCUGAAUCGCAAUAACGGAGAAGCCAUCGAAUUAAGGUUGAGGACGGAUGCGCACGACGGCUACAGAAAUUACAAGACCAUUCGCAAAACGCUGUGCCAUGAGCUGGCGCACAACGUACAUAGCGACCACGAUCGCAACUUUUGGGACCUGUGCCAUCAGAUCGAGCGCGAAGUUGAUGCGGCGGACUGGAAGCAUGGCGGACACACGGUCGGAGAGGGGUCUUCUUACUAUGCGCCGGGACAAGACGAGGAGGAGGACGUUGAGGACCACGGCGGUUGGGAAGGCGGCGAUUUCGUCGUGGGAGGAAGCGGUGGUGGCAACGCUGGUUUGAGUCGACGAGAGAUAUUGGCCAAGGCUGCAGAGGAAAGAGCCAAAAAGAUGAACAUGGAGAGGAGGGACGGCGGCAAGCCCGACUCUGGCUCAUCGUCAUAA